AUGAUCGAUGAUCAUAAAUUUGCUGUCUUCACUAUCGAUACGUAUAUUUCCAACAAGGUUGGAAUCACACUCACCAGCUAUACAGGUGGUGUCGAGAAUGCUUCUUUGUUGCUCACUGCAUUGGUGGGUCUCAUCGUCUUGGUCGUUCUCUACAGACUAGUGUCAUCACCAAAGGUUGUGAAGCGUCCAGCCCGUGAGGUUGGUGUGUCGCCCGCCUCCAAGGGUACCGGUGCCAAGAUUGAUUGUGUCAAUCCUGCCACCGGCAAGUCGAUGGGUGUCGUCAACGCACUCAAACCAGAGGAAGUCAAAAAGUGUCUCGAAGCUGCCCGUGUCGCACAAGCUGAAUGGGCCACCACAUCAUACCAAGAGCGUAAACAAGUUCUCCAAGACUUUAUCGAUAUGUUUAUCAAGAAUGAAACUGAAAUUGUUGAAAGUUCAAUGAGAGAUACUGGUAAAACAAGAUUCGAAGCAACACUUGGAGAAGUUUUAACAUCAUGUGAAAAACUUAGAUAUUUGGUUAAUUUUGGAGAAGAUGCUUUAAAGACUCAAUACCGUCGUGUUCCAAUGUUGAUGGGAACCAAGUCGGCACGUUUAGAGUACCAUCCAAUGGGUGUGAUUGGUAUUAUCAUUCCAUGGAAUUAUCCAGUACAUAGUAUCAUCUCGGCUGCCGCUGCCGCUAUUUUUGCGGGUAACGCUGCGUUGGUCAAGGUGUCGGAAUGGUCGACUCACAGCAAGAUACUCUUUGAAGAGUUGGUGCGUGAGGUGUUGGCUCGUCGUGGACACAACCCAAAUCUUAUUCAAUUGUUGCCAGGUAUGGGCGAGACGGGAGAGGCUCUUGUACGCUCGGGUGUCGACAAGGUCUUGUUUAUCGGGUCGCCGGGCACUGGAAAGCGUGUCAUGAAGGCUGCAUCGGACAACUUGACCCCCGUCAUCUUGGAGCUCGGUGGCAAGGACCCCAUGAUCGUCUACGACGACAUUGACAUGGACUGGGCACUUGCGAUUGUGCAACGUGGCUGUUUCAUCAAUCUCGGUCAAAACUGUAUCUCUUCGGAACGUGUCUUUGUGCACGACAACAUCUACGACAAGUUUGCCAAGGCUUUGGCCGAAAAGAUCAACUCGUGUACCCAGGGUCCCCCCGAAGAAGGCCAGUUUGACUUUGGCUCGAUGACCAUGCCCGCUCAAGUCGACAAGGUCGAGCAUCUCGUCAACACCGCCGUCAAGGAAGGCGCCAAGUUGAUGGCUGGUGGCAAGCGUAACCCCCUCUACAGCAAGGGUCACUUCUUUAUGCCAACCGUCCUCGCCAACGUCACUGAAAAGAUGACCAUCUUUAACGAAGAGACAUUUGGUCCAGUUGCCUCGCUCGUCCGUUUCUCCUCUGAAGAGGAUCUCGUCCGUAUGGCCAACGGCACCGUCUUUGGUUUGGGAUGCUCCAUCCUCACCUCUGACUUGGCUCGUGCCGAGCGUAUCGGCCGUCGUAUCUCUACCGGUAUGCUCACCAUCAACGACUAUGGCGCAUCCUACCUCAUCCAAGAUCUUCCAUUUGGCGGUUGCAAAGAGUCUGGUUUCGGCAGAUUCAACGGUCCAGAAGGUCUCCGUGGUUUCGCUCGUGAAGUAUCCAUCCUCACUGACAAGUUCCCAAUCCGUACUCCAGUCCCACGUUUGAUCCGUUACCCAAUCGACCCAGCUGCCGUCGGUAUCAUUCGUCAAGUCCUCUUUAUGAUCUACCAAAGAGGAUUCUUUAACAAGAUCAAAGCUACCAUUUCUUUCACUUCCAAGGUCAUUAGAAAUCCAAAAUUAUUAUUAUAA